AUAUGCUUGUCACACAACACGUGCAUCAGCCACCGUGGUCUUUCUUGGCGCUUGUGUUUACAUGAUUGUUUACAGAAGUAGACUUACACAUCUAAGACAUUUACAGAAUAACACGAACAGAUCUUUUGUAAAUGGGGGGUCUACAGAAAAAGAAGUAUGAGAGGGGCUCUGCCACCAACUACAUCACAAGGAACAAAGCCCGCAAGAAGCUGCAGCUGAGCCUGGCAGAUUUCAGACGCCUGUGCAUUCUGAAAGGCAUCUACCCUCAUGAACCCAAGCACAAGAAGAAGGUGAACAAGGGUUCCACGGCCCCCCGUACAUUCUACCUGCUCAAAGACAUCCGGUUCCUCCUGCACGAGCCCAUUGUUAGAAAAUUUAGAGAGUACAAGGUGUUUGUGCGUAAACUGAGGAAGGCCUAUGGAAAGGCAGAAUGGACUGGGGUGGAGAGACUGAGAGAUAACAAGCCUGGCUAUAAACUGGACCACAUCAUCAAGGAGAGGUACCCCACAUUCAUCGAUGCCCUCCGUGACAUCGACGACGCCCUCUCCAUGUGCUUCCUGUUCUCCACCUUUGCCCGCACGGGAAAGUGCCACGUCCAGACCAUCACGCUAUGCCGACGCCUCACUGUAGAGUGGAUGAACUACAUAGUCACAUCUCGCUCUCUCCGGAAGGUUUUCAUCUCCAUCAAGGGGAUUUACUAUCAGGCAGAGGUUCUUGGACAGCUCAUCACCUGGAUCGUGCCCUACCAGUUUGCCCAUGAUCACCCAACAGAUGUGGACUAUAGAGUAAUGGCCACCUUCACAGAGAUGUACACCACCCUCUUUGGCUUCAUCAACUUCCGCCUCUACCAGACCCUUAACCUGGUCUACCCGCCCAAGCUGGACAGCAAAGCUGAGUCAGAGCUAAAGGCAGAGCACGAAGAGGAUUAUGCCAUGGACUCUGAGAGCUACUUGGAGAAACUGUCUGCCCUGAGUGCCAGUCUGGCGCGUGUGGUUGCCACUGCAGAGGAGGAGGAGAACCAGCUCGACCAGUUCCCUGCCGACGGGGAGGACCUGGAGAACAUGGAGGCCAGAGAGAAGGAACAGAAAGAGCAGGAAGCCCAGAAGAGGCUUUUCGAGGGGCUCAAAUUCUUCCUGAACAGGGAAGUUCCCAGAGAGUCACUGGCUUUUAUCCUGAGGUGUUUUGGUGCCGAGGUGUCAUGGGACAAGUCCCUCUGCAUCGGUGGUACCUACGACAUGACUGACGAGACCAUUACCCAUCAGAUUGUGGACAGGCCCGACAUAGACAAGCAGUACAUCAACAGGUACUACAUCCAGCCCCAGUGGGUGUUUGACUCGGUCAACGCCAAGAUGCGCCUGCCCGUGGAGGACUACUUCCUGGGGGUGACGCUGCCGCCCCACCUGUCGCCCUUCGUGGAGGAGAAGGACGGCGACUACGUGCCCCCGGAGAAGCUGAAGCUCAUGGCCCUGCAGCGCGGCGAGAAGCUUGUACAAGAGGAGGAGGAGGAGGAAGAUGAUGAUGAGGAGGAGGAGGAGGAAGAAGAGGACAAUGAUGAGGUGGACGAUGACGAGUUGACUGAGGAGAAGAAUCUGAAGAAGAUGGAGGAUCAGCGAUCCCAUGGCAAGACUCUGGCAGUGAAGGUGACCCCUGGCAAGGUGAGACCCUGGGAAACUGGUUCCGUGGGGAACAAGGUGCGCCUGGAGCAGGAGGAGAAGGCGGAGGAGAAGCGUCUGGCCAUCAUGAUGAUGAAGAAGAAGGAGAAGUACCUGUACGACAAGAUCAUGUUUGGCAAGAAGAGGACGACCCGAGAGGCAAACAAACUGGCUGCCAAGAGAAAGGCCCACGAAGACGCCAGCAAGGCAGAGAAGAAGCAGAAAAAGGCCAAGAAACUGUAGCCACCUAACAGUGGAUAUUCAUCAAGGAAUGCUUUUGAUUUGUAUGGUUGUCAAUCAUCAAUCUCAUGAAACUCAUGGGUUUAUUAUGAAAAAAUAGUAUGAAUUGGUCCCAUGGAGAUUGAGAUCAGUGUUAGUAUCAUUUGUCACGAAUGUUGGCAGGUAGAAAUGCUGGAGGAGUCACAUUGUUGCAAAAUAUUAUCCACCCUGCCUCGUCAACCAUUGUGAGGUGAAUUUCUGCUUUGUUCUUAUUUGUGUGAACUCUGAUAUUCUGGUCUACUCUAUACAAGAAAGAUUUUUCCACUGAUUCACCCCAUUUUAAUAUAUUGAAUAUGUAAUUAAAUGGGGUUCUGUGUACUUAAGUAGAAGAACUUGUCAAUUUACUGUUAAUGACUCUAAUAACAUGAACGACAAGCCCCACUGUCAUCAGUGAAAUUAACUUUGUAUGAAGCCUAGACUUUUUUUGUAUACUUUUAAAGAGGUAGGACACUUUUUGCUUGAUGUGUAAUUCUAAUAAAUUGUUUUGUUUAAA